CUUUCAACCGCAAUAAAAUGUCAUACUCAGCCAUAACUGAAAGUAGUGAAUGUCUGUUGAUAGAGAGAUAUUUCUUUGUACUCUUCUUCUUGGUUAAUAAUUUUCACGCUGUUAAUACUUCACUGAGUAGCAACGCUGUAUAAGGUAUUCGAAUACAAGAAUCUCAUAGCGUAGUUUCAUACACUAAGUAAUCACUAAAAUGUUAUAGAUAUUUAAAGUUUCUUAAAUCUAUGAAAACGAGUGAACUUCAUAAGCAGCAAUAUACUGCAGCUUCUUUUAAAAUACUGUUGAAGGGAAAAAUGUUAUUUUUAUUCUGCGAAAUUAAGAAGUUAAUUCUUUAUUGAAACGUGAAAAAUUAAUUUAAAUAUAAAGUACGCUUUAUAGAUAAGAGAUGAUGAAGCUUUCUCUAUACAUAUAUUAAGAAAAUUUGAACAGUAUUUUUCAUGAUCUAGCAGAAAAAUUCGAACUAAUUUAGUAGUGAAAAAGUUUACGAAAAAUAUUACACGAAAUUUACAUAUAUAUAGGUGGAAAAACAAACAUGCGUGAGUUAGGUGUUGACUUCCUUCGAAUUCUUUCUAGCACUACAGCCCUACUUAGCAUUCUAUAAGCUUGUGGUACAUUCUAUAAACUUGCUAUAAAAGUGUCUUUGUAUUGGAAUAAAUCUGGAAAUAUCAAUGAAAGUGUUGCCUCAAGAAUCAGACAACGAAAACAGUAUCGGGGCCCACAUGUCUCCUGAGGAUUCCAUGGCUACGGACUCUUCAUCAGACAUCUCUGAAACUCUGAAUCGGAAACUUGGAUCUGAAAUCCAAGUGGGCAGUCCAAUCGGCAUCCCCUUCGUCGGAUCCUUGUGUUACCUGCCUUAUGAACAGACUGGAGAACUAUUAGCUUUCUCGAUGGCUAAUCAACAGAACUUUAAUCCUAGAAGGAAAAAGUCCUCCAGGUCUAGGUCGAAUCACGGGAUCCAGAGGCGACGCCGUGCUUGUCACAGCGUGGAAGAACUCCAGAACCAGCGUGUACUAGCCAACGUACGUGAACGCCAGCGCACCCAGAGCCUGAAUGAUGCCUUCACAGCCCUCCGUCGCAUCAUCCCUACCCUACCGUCUGACAAGUUAAGUAAGAUACAAACUCUAAGGUUGGCCACACGAUACAUCGAUUUUCUUUAUCAGGUUCUGAACUACGGUGAAGAAGAGGGGGACGUUCAGCAGUCGUCGCAAACAUCCAAAGUCUCUCCUUGCAACUUCUUGGCGCACGAAAGGCUUAGCUAUGCCUUCUCUGUGUGGAGGAUGGAAGGUGCCUGGUCAUCUCACUGACGCUUCCUUUCUUUCGGCAGGUUUAAGGAGAAAUGAAUGGAUGCAGCUGUAUAAAGCAACGCUGGACGUGUGCAUUAAAGAUGGACAUAUGAUCUUGCCAAAAUUAUCUAUGUGUGUGCACUCUAAGUAGUAAUUUGUAACAGCGCACAUGAAAAUCAAAUAAUUAGCUACAUUAAAUUUUACUGUAAUAAUCUUUCAAAAUUUCUUUCAAAGUUUUUGCUGCAAUUGAAUUUCCCGGUCUUGUUUGUUACAUUUACAGUAAACAGUAACUCAGAAUCCACGAGUGAAAUAUAUAGCAAUAAUAGAGAUUACAUACGUAAUAAUAAUCUAAAAUGAAGUCAAAUUUAGCCAUAUUUGAACUUGGUUUAGGUUUUUUUUAGCUUAUCGUAUCAAAUACAUGUUCUCAAUAAAAGUAGAAAGUUCCUAAAUCGUGUAACAUAAGCGUCAGGCAGAAACGGAAAGCAGCAAAAUAUGCAGCGGGAUGUCAAAUAAAAUUUUGUGAAUUCUAUUUCGUAUCAAUCGUGCGCAGUUUGGAUUAUUCUGCGCAUAAUGCAUUUCAGUUGUUUUGUUUAUGCAGAGAUAAAACUUAUGUUUUUAAUUUAUGCCGUGCAUCAUAAUAGACAUUGUGAAUCUCAUGAAGAAACAAUGAAUGGAUGCAGAUAAAGUUUGAAUGGAAAUGUACCCAAAGGUAUUUUUUAAUAAUUAAAUCACAAACAUGUUUUUGAUGUCACGAAGCAUAUCUGCAAAUAAAAUUUUUACGAUAUAAUUUUAAAAUAUUAAUCACCUUAUAUAAAUAUUCAGUAAUCAACUUCAAUAAAGAUUAUGGUUUUGAUCCAAAUUUUUUUAGAUUUAAAGUAAGUUAAAUAAUUCUACAUUUUUUUUAUUGAUAUCUGUUUUAAAACUAAGCAACAUACCUAUAGCUCAUGUUAUAUGGAUUUAACCAUUUGCUAAUUUUCCUUUUUACCUUUUUUAAUCAUCUAUUUUAUAACUUUAUUUCAUAUUCCGUCAAAGUUUUUUACUGAUUAAAUUGAGUUAUUAUGUGUUAGUAAAGAAUUUUUCCUACCAUUCUUCUAAACAAAACCAUCUGCACUUGAUGAGAUAUAAUUUUGUAAUUAUUUUAACAAAGACAGAAAACAACAACAAAAUAUUUAAAUUUCACACCAAAUAUUUUAAUUUUUCUCAGUUUUUUAAAGAAUCUUCAUAUUUGUAGAACUCAACAAAAAACGUUCAGUGUCUGUUGACAGCAUAAUCUUGUAUUUUUACUUACUUCACUGAAUUAAAAUUCGCAAAAUUGUUACUUUAAAAGACAAUUUUUUUUUUCACUAUGUAUUUCGAAAAUCGAUUAUUUGCAGUACAUAAAUUAAUCACAAUACUUAUCUUCCCUGUAUUUGGAAUCAUAUUUUGUAAAGUGUACUUCAAUAAUAUUAAAUAUUUUUCAGUAUACUACAGUUUAUUCUAAAAUUUAAUAUUUCAGAAACAUUAGUCAAUAUUCUGUUUGCUAAGAUUUAUAUUUAAAUCAUUUUCAGUCUAUUAAUUAGAAUGCGUUUGAUUUUGUAUGUAUGCAACCAUUUGUGUUAGAGUGUUUAUUAUAUAGGUACAUAUUUUUUCCUGAUAAUGUAUUAACUGUAUGAUGAAAAUUAAUAUAUUUUAUCUCUAUAAAUGCUAUUGAUUUCCU